AUGAUGGAGCAUUUUAGAUUAGAGAGGCAUCAAUUGCUGACUUUGACGUUAAUCAUCUGUUUACAUUUUCAGAAUUUGAAUUCCUGCUUCUCUCUCAAUGAUGAAGGUUUUUCUUUACUUAGAUUUAGAGAUAGAGUGAUAAAUGAUCCAUCCGGGGCUUUGACAAAUUGGAAUGAUGAUCUUGGAGUGACGAAUCCAUGUUCCUGGUUUGGUGUAGGCUGCUCCAAGGGACAUGUUAUCUCUUUGAACCUCAUAAAUCUUCGUCUUCGAGGAACACUUGCUCCUGAUCUUGGAAAUCUAUCUCGCCUAAAGUCCAUAAUUCUCCGGAAUAACUCGUUCUAUGUAAAUCACCAACGAUUAUAUUACUAGACAACAACAAGCUUCUCGAUGACAAUUUUCCUGAUCUUCAACAAGAAGUUAAAUCCCACCGGAAACUGCUACAAGACGAAAAUAUACCUGUUCCGGCACAGCCACUUCCACCUUUUCGAUUUCCAUUUCUGCCAUCGCCACCACCAUCACCAUCACCAUCACCAUCACCAUCACCAUCACCAUCACCAUC